AUGUCUACGUCUGCCAAACAGGGCUACAAUGGUUAUAGUUCAUUUCUUGAUAAGUAUCGUGCCAAUUUGAAUACACCACGCGGUGAUAAUACGCAACAGCGAACACAAACCUACAGUAAUAAUAUUGAUACAUCAACAUUGCGUUCUACAGGCAGUGUUAUUCAUGAUGAACGAUUUGGCAAUGAAAUUCUUGCCCGUGCUGGUCCAAGUCAUCAGUAUCAACAUCCCCAAUAUCGUACCCAAGAUGUUAUUUCAUCGGAUGGUCGCUUGGAAAAUUUAAAUAUACAAGCUGAUAAUGAACCAUUACACGUCAUAAAACCAACCGAUCAAAAUAUUCAUUAUAAACAACAGGUUAACGUACGAUUUUUGGAACCACCACCAGGUCCGGAACCAGCACCAAUUAUCAUCAAAGAACGUCAAGCACCAGCACUACCUCCGCCACCGCCAGUGGUUGUUCGACAACGUCCACCAACACCACCAACGCCUCCUCCUCUUAUUAUUCGUGAACGUCCGCCAACACCACCAGUACAGCAACAACCGCAAAUUAUUGAAAAAGUUUUACCACCACCCCCAGCUCAACCUCGGCAAGUUAUUGUCGAACGGCUUCCACCACCACCACCGAAACCACGCCAAGUGAUUUAUGAAAAAUGGUUACCUUAUCAAGAAACCAAGGAACGACCGGUUAUUGUCGAGCGAGCACCACCUCUAGAUAUAAUUCGACCACCAAAAAAUGUCAUUAUUGAAUAUGAACAACCAAAAGCUCAUCAUGAACAAAUUAUCAUUGAUGAAGGUGUUUUUCGUGCUGAUCCUCAAUCGCAUAAUGCUACAAGUACUAUGGGUGAAGUACGUAUUGUUGAUAGAAUAACCGAUUUGCCAAUGGAUUAUUCGAAAUAUUUAUCAAAUCGUCGUCCUCAAACGGUUCAAUCUUACUCAGCAUCAAAUCCAAAUCUUUAUGAACGACAAUCACCUCCACCACAGCUGAGUCAAACCGAACCAGCACAACAAUAUCGUUCAACAACUUACAAUUAUCCAGGAGCUUAUACAACAACCUAUCGUGCAUCAUAUACAAAUCAAAAUGCCAAUCGAAGUGGUUAUGGUCAAUAUGGUGGCAACGAUGGAAAUCGAUCAGCAUCCUACACAAAAUAUGUUUAG